AUGAUUUAUCGACCCUUGACACCUUUUAAGAUUGAAAAUGACAACAAACGUCUGCUUCAAUUACUAAGGAAAACUAAUGCCGAACUAAAAGUCAUAACAAACAGUUCCUCCAAUCUCGGUAACGCUUAUCAAAGUCUAGGACAGUUCAAAACAGCCAUCCAGCACCAUCAACGUCAUCUAGAAAUUGCUAAAGAGGUGGGAGACAAGGCCGGAGAGGGGAGAAGUUACUGCAAUCUCGGCAACGCUUAUCAAAGCCUAGGACAGUUCAAAACAGCCAUCCAGUACCAUCAACGUCAUCUAGAAAUUGCUAAAGAGGUGGGAGACAAGGCCGGAGAGGGAAUCAGUUAUGGCAAUCUCGGCAACGCUUAUCAAGGUCUAGGACAGUUCAAAACAGCCAUCCAGUACCAUCAACGUCAUCUAGAAAUUGCUAAAGAAGUGGGACACAAGGCUGGAGAGGGAGGAAGUUAUGGCAAUCUCGGCAACGCUUAUCAAGGUCUAGGACAGUUCAAAACAGCCAUCCAGUACCAUCAACGUCAUCUAGAAAUUGCUAAAGAAGCGGGAGACAAGGCCGGAGAGGGAAUCAGUUAUGGCAAUCUCGGCAACGCUUAUAAAGGUCUAGGACAGUUCAAAACAGCCAUCCAGUACCAUCAACGUCAUCUAGAAAUUGCUAAAGAAGUGGGAGACAAGGCCGGAGAGGGAAGAAGUUAUGGCAAUCUCGGCAACGCUUAUCAAGGUCUAGGACAGUUCAAAACAGCCAUCCAGUACCAUCAACGUCAUCUAGAAAUUGCUAAAGAAGUGGGAGACAAGGCCGGAGAGGGAAUCAGUUAUGGCAAUCUCGGCAACGCUUAUCAAGGUCUAGGACAGUUCAAAACAGCCAUCCAGUACCAUCAACGUUAUCUAGAAAUUGCUAAAGAGGUGGGAGACAAGGCUGGAGAGGGAGGAAGUUAUGGCAAUCUCGGCAACGCUUAUGGCAGGUUAAGACAGUUCAAAACAGCCAUCCAGUACCAUCAACGUCAUCUAGAAAUUGCUAAAGAGGUGGGAGACAAGGCCGGAGAGGGAGGAAGUUAUGGCAAUCUCGGCAACGCUUAUCAAGGUCUAGGACAGUUCAAAACAGCCAUCCAGUACCAUCAACGUCAUCUAGAAAUUGCUAAAGAAGUGGGACACAAGGCUGGAGAGGGAGGAAGUUAUGGCAAUCUCGGCAACGCUUAUCAAGGUCUAGGACAGUUCAAAACAGCCAUCCAGUACCAUCAACGUCAUCUAGAAAUUGCUAAAGAAGCGGGAGACAAGGCCGGAGAGGGAAUCAGUUAUGGCAAUCUCGGCAACGCUUAUAAAGGUCUAGGACAGUUCAAAACAGCCAUCCAGUACCAUCAACGUCAUCUAGAAAUUGCUAAAGAGGUGGGAGACAAGGCCGGAGAGGGAAUCAGUUAUGGCAAUCUCGGCAACGCUUAUCAAGGUCUAGGACAGUUCAAAACAGCCAUCCAGUACCAUCAACGUCAUCUAGAAAUUGCUAAAGAGGUGGGAGACAAGGCCGGAGAGGGAGGAAGUUAUGGCAGUCUCGGCAACGCUUAUAACAGUCUAGGACAGUUCAAAACAGCCAUCCAGUACCAUCAACGUCAUCUAGAAAUUGCUAAAGAGGUGGGAGACAAGGCCGGAGAGGGAGGAAGUUAUGGCAGUCUCGGCAACGCUUAUAACAGUCUAGGACAGUUCAAAACAGCCAUCCAGUACCAUCAACGUCAUCUAGAAAUUGCUAAAGAAGUGGGAGACAAGGCCGGAGAGGGAAUCAGUUAUGGCAAUCUCGGCAACGCUUAUCAAGGUCUAGGACAGUUCAAAACAGCCAUCCAGUACCAUCAACGUCAUCUAGAAAUUGCUAAAGAGGUGGGAGACAAGGCCGGAGAGGGAAUCGGUUAUGGCAAUCUCGGCAACGCUUAUCAAGGUCUAAGACAGUUCAAAACAGCCAUCCAGUACCAUCAACGUCAGUUAGAAAUUGCUAAAGAAGUGGGAGACAAGGCUGGAGAGGGAAAAAGCUAUUGCUCUCUCGGCAUGAUUCAUGAGGCUCAAAGAGAGUUGAAAACAGCUUUUGAGUUUUUUCUACGUCACCUAGAAAUAUCCAAAGAAGUGGGAGAUAAGACUGGAGAGGCGUGCUCACUCUGCUCCCUUGGAAUCAGUUUUGAGAGCCAAGGAAAUCUUAUGAUGGCCUUUGACUGUUAUUACUCGAGCGUAGAAUUGUAUGAUGAUAUCAGGGCCAGUCUUCAACUCAACGAUCAGUGGAAGAUUUGUUAUCGUAAUUUACACCAAGGAGCAUACAAAGGUUUGUGGCGUAUAAAUCUCAAGCGAGGUCAAGUUGUGAAGGCUCUUCUUACCUCAGAGAAAGGACGUGCUCAAGCUCUGAGAGAUCUCAUGGUCAUAAAGUAUCAGCCUGAAGAUUCUUUAACGCCUAGAGCAUCCCGCAUUUCUCUGAGGUGGGUUCCAUUGAGCACAGUUUUCAUAGCUAUUAAUGGACCAUGUGUUUACUUCUGGGUUUGCCUCAGUGAAAAUAAUAUCCAGAAGAGAGAAGUACACGUGAACAAAUACAAGUAUGAGGAUGAAUUGAAAGUUUUCAUGCAGGUACUGAACAAAACUGCUCUUAAGGAGAUCAGUAAAAGAGAUACUGUGACCAUCGAAUAUCGUCCGCUUGACUUGCCGACAGAAGAGGAAGUGGCCAAUGAUGUGAUCCCAGUUGAUGUGAGGCACUCCCAAUCCAGCGCUUUAAAGAAGCUGCAUGACAUCAUCGUUACUCCUAUUGCUGACCUGAUCGAAGGCAACGACGAGAUCACGUUCGUUCCUGAGGGGCCAUUUUGCCUUGUACCUUAUGCAGCGUUGCAGGACUCCAACUCAUCAUAUCUAAGUGACUCUUUCAGAAUUCGUGUGCUUCCCUCUCUGACGACCUUGCAACUAAUUCAUGAUUGUCCAGCUGACUUUCACAUGAAGACUGGUGCAUUGCUUGUCGGCGACCCAUGUUUCAAACAUAUCAUCUAUGAGGAAAGACUUUUGGUGCAACUUCCAGGAGCAAGGAAAGAAGUGGAGAUGAUCGGACGUAUCCUCAAUGUCUCCCAUCUCACUGGAGAAAUGGCAACAAAAGAUGAAGUGUUAAAACGAAUAUCAUCAGUGGCCUUAGUUCACAUAGCAGCCCACGGUAAAAUGGAAACUGGAGAAGUUAUCUUGGCACCAAACACCACAAGAGAUAACCCUCAGCCGCAAGAGAAAGACUAUCUACUGACAAUGAAAGAUGUCAUGGAAACUGGGUUGCGAGCACGUCUGGUUGUACUUAGCUGCUGUCACACUGCUUGUGGGGACGUCAUGGCCGAGGGUGUGGUCGGCAUGGCGCGUGCACUUUUGAGUGCCGGUGCCAGAUCUGUUGUGGUAACCUUGUGGGCGAUUGGCGACGAGGGAACCGUAGAGUUCAUGAGUUUCUUCUACCAUGCACUUGCCAAAGGCAAGAAGGCAAGUGAAGCUCUCAAUCAGGCCAUGAAGUGUAUGAGAGAAAUCGAAAAGUUCAAGGAGGUGAUUUACUGGGCACCAUUUGUACUCAUUGGUGACGACGUCAGCCUGGAUUUCAAGGAGAUUUAG